AAUCGAGGCUGCAACAUGUUCCGUAAACGAAGAGCGAGAAAUUUUCAAAGGAUGCGAUUCAAAGAUAGAAAAAAAAAAAAAAAAGAAAAAGAAAAAGAAGACAAAGAGGAGAAUGUCAAACGUAUAUUUUGACGUAUCCUUCCUUGCCACUGCUCUUCGAAGAAGAAAUUGGAAAAGUCGAUAAUGGAUUCGAGAGAAUCUGACGGAAAGACGAAACAAGCUCGAGCAAACGAGAAAACGUUCCGUUCUACUCGCCGAUAAUUUCAACAAUUUCAUUGGAUCGUGCAAUUUUUCGCACGGCUCGCCGACGAAGAGAAGAUCGAAACGCAUUAAAGCCGUGAGGUGAGGAAGCGAUGCGCGCGAUGCGAGCUAUAUAAGAUGACGGGGGCCAUCGAUUGGCUCAGUCAUUCCAUUGCAAGCUGCGACCACGCACGGAUCGAUCGAAAUUUUUUUUCCGCGUAUUUCUCGGUGGUGAUCGACGAUUAUUUCAACCGUUUCCUCCUUUGUUUCUUAUCUUCUUUUCUUUUCUUCUCUUUCUUUCUUUUUUUUUUCUCCCCUCCCUUCUCCCCGCCCCCCCUGCCUCGUUCAAUUAAAAUGGAUAUCAGGAUGUUGGCAUUGGUCUUGCUAGUCAACGUGGUUGGAUCGCUCGCAGACUUACGUUCCCCCCUCUUCAGACCACGAAGAAAUGGAUUGCGGGAAGAUAUCCCGAUCACGGAUCACGCUGGGAUAUCGAGGACGAGUAAACGAGAAUCCACCGCAUCGAGCACUGAAACUACCGCCUCCCCCGUUUCCACCUUGCACCUUUACACGCUGAUCCCGCCCGAUCCAACCGCGAGUCCAGAUCCCAAGACCGGCCACGGCCCGACGAGCACGGCUCCUAGAGCUAGAGCAUCCAACACCCCGAAGAACAUGGCUCGAAGAUCGACGAACGAGCCGGACUCCACCACCGAGUUCCCACCCGGCAAAUCGAAAAGUCAGUCAGCAAACAUCGCCCCUGAAGAUCCUUCCAACGACUCGAGGCCGAAAAGGCCCGCGCCCAAGCCGGCCGGCAGGUCAGUCGCGGCGAAACCGACGAGUCCCGACCCGGAAGACAGCGAGGAACCGGACCCGGAGCCGAGACGACCCGACUCGAGAAGAGCGAAGGCGAAGGAUUCCGAGGAGUCGGACCCCGAACCGGAGGCCAGGACGAGAGGAGGGAAGCCGAGGGCGAAGGCGAGGCCCACGGAUUCCGAGGAGACGGAUCCUGAAGCGGAGGCCAGGACGGGAGGGGGGAAGCCGAGACCGAAGGCGAAAGCGACGGAUUCCGAGGAGGAGCCUUCCACGAGACGGGUGUCGAAUCUGGAGAGGCCGAAGCAGAAGGCGAGGCCCGCGGAUUCGGACGAGGAAGACGCGGAGGAGCCGGAGGAGAGGAAGAGACAGCCGUCCGGCGAGUCCAGAAAAGCGAAGAGGCCGAAGGGGAAGGCGAGUUCCGAUCAGGAGUCCGAGGAGGCCGAUUCGACGAGCAAAAGACCGUCGGGGGGGAGGUCGGGGGGCAGGCCGGCGAUCGGGUCUCGUUUCGAUGCCGACGACGAGGAGGAAUCGAGGCAGAAGCAGAAAUCGAAGCCGGGUCGGAUCCCAACAAAUGCUCAGAGUCCCAAUUUCCAAUUUCCCCCUUUCUUCAUGCCGUCCUUCGUCCCUGGCUUCUCCUCGCCCUACACCAAUCCGUACAGCAAUGCAUGGGCUGGGUCCAACGCCGGAUCGAGAGGUUAUGGAACUGGAGGAGCGGCGUCUUUCGCUUCGGCCAGCGCGACGGCUGGAGCCUCCGAUAUACCCUCCAAUUAUAACGCUUAUCCCCAAGGGGGAUAUCCAGGAGGAUACGGCGACACCUCGAACAUGGUCAACGCACCUACACCAGGCGUGUAUAACAGUGGGGGAUAUGGUAGCUAUGGAGGAGACGUGUACGAUCCCAGUUCGUUCGCCUUUCCUGAUUACAACUUUGCCGAUUUCCAGAAGCAAAUGGAGGAAAAUUUCAGACAGUUGCAAGCUCAAUUCCAGAAGCAACAACAAUCGCUGUUCGACGCGACAAAUCGCAUAGCCGGUGACCCGAGCUCUGUACCCGGUUUACACAGUGCCGUGUCCAGCAUUAAUUUGGGACCGGAUGGUGGUUAUCAAGCUGGCGCGAUCAAUCCUGUAAGACCAGGCGUGGAAUCAAGGUUUGGCGAGGAAGUGCCUCCGCCAUCUGGAAACAGCUAUGGGGUGUUCUCCAGUUCGAGCUCGCACACCAUGGUUGGCCCGGAUGGGAAGACUAUCUCUCAUAAAUCUUCGACCACGGGUGUAAACGACAAUGGAAAAAUUACUUUCCGAACAAUCGAGGAUUAAAUUCAUCGAAUUAAGAAUUGGCGCAAAUGUUUCCGUUUCAAAUUUUAACGCCUUUUUCCAGGUUUCUCUGUAACAUCGGGAUAAUUAUAAGCAAAAUUCUUAAGUAUCUUUUAUUGUUUAUUAAAUAUACGUAAAGUGAUAUACUGAUAUGAA